AACAACCAACCAAUACAUCCUCACCCACCACGCACCCCCAACCUACGCAUAUAUCUGCCUAAACAAAUUUGUGUUACUUGUAUUGUCUUGGGGGAUAUUAUUUCUUAGUUUUUUUCAGGAAAAAAAAAGGAUAAACAAACAUGGAACAAGAAAAACGAAGCAGAGUGAGAGUUGAGUCCUUACUGAGCGUGGUGUCCAGCAAGCCAAUCGAGCCCGGAAAAAUUCACGAGCUGUCAUUGGUGGACCAGGCGAUGAGCCCUUACACAAUCCAUCUGGUGUUUUAUUACAGUUCAAACCCAUUCAGCCGCGGCCCAAUGCCGACGGACCUCGACAAUCUCCGGGUGUCCCUAUCCCGCACUCUGGAUGAGUACCCGGUCGUAACUGGACGGCUGACCAAAGGGCCCGACGGCAGAUGGCAGGUCAAGUGCAACGACGCUGGGGUGAGGAUGGUCCAAGCGAGCGUGAGUUGCCCACUGGACGAGUGGCUCGGAUCUGCUGACGCCUCCGAGGAGAGAGAUCUGACGGUGUGGGAAAACAUGCCCGGGGACCCUAGCUUUUGGUCCCCUUUCCGGAUCCAGAUAAAUAAUUUCAAGUGUGGGGGCUUGGCAAUCGGGUUGAGCUGCACCCACAUGCACGCGGACAUAACAAGCGCGGCGGCACUGAUGAAGUCGUGGGCGGAGGUCCACAGCGCCCAACCCUUCACCAACCCUCCCAUUUUUCACCAUCUCCCCCAAAUUCAAUCGCCCACUGUACCCACAAACGUCAGUAUUGUCGGUCAUUCCCCAAAACUCACAAUGAAAUUCUCGGCACCCGCCAUCGAAAGUCUCCUGUCCCAAGUCCGGAGCCGGUGCCCCAACGCCACCCCUUUUGAUGCUCUGGCGGCUCUGUUCUGGUCCCCACAGCUUCAAGGAUCAAAUCGCUCCCUUUGCGUGUGCGUCGAUUCGAGAGAAAAGGGGCUGGCGCCCCGCGGCUAUUUUGGCAACGCUUUUAUUUUCUCCCUUGUCAGCGCGGACGAGGAGCAAUCGCCCGAAUUAGGUCAACUGGUUGACUGUAUCCACCGACAUGUGGCGGGACUCGGUGGGGAUGGGGACUUUUGGACCUACACUUCCCACCUCACAUGUGUUGAUUUUGAGGGGUCGACCAUGUACGAUGUGGAGUUCGACAAGGGUGAAAGCCCUGUCCACGUCAGCUGCCGUGUGGGAAAUUUUUAUGGGAAAGGGCUGAUAACGGUGAUGCCGUCUCCGGAUGGCGGGCGCACGGUCACGGCCGUGCUCCCCGAAGAGCAGAUUGCGGUGCUGUGCAAAGAUGGGCCAAUACGGGAACUCCACCCCACUCUCCUCCUAUCUUCUUCACCCUAAACUGUGCCAAAAGUAACAAUAAUAUGAUCAUAAUUAACACGUGAUGCAUCUUCAGAUUAUAAUUAUUAUUCACUUUUAUGUUUGGUGAAUUUGAAGUUAUACAAGUUUGUCAAGACAUUUGAUUGAUUUGUUGUGGUGCAUCUUUCUUCACUUCAUUUGUCAAAACAAAUUAUAUUUAUUUUCUCAUUCUAGUAACUGU